AUGGCGAGGGCCAUGCGCCCAACACUGCCUUGGCUGCGAAACCUUCCAUGGACACGAGGAAUUCUCAGCCGCGUGUCGUACACGCCGACGUUGCGUCUCAUGACUUUGGAGCAGAAGAUGCAUUAUGAGUUGAACGGCUGGGUCAGGGUGCCGGCUGUGUUCUCGCGAGAAGAUGUGACAAGCAUCAGUGCUUGGCUAGACGACAUCUCCAAGUGGCCGGAGGAUUCCAAGCGGUGGAUGCAUCAUUUUGAGGUCGACGAGGCCGGGCAAAGGAUGCUGGCGAGAACGGAGAAUGUUGUGCCGUAUCAUCCAGGCAUGGCUCAGCUGACGAUGCUGGGGCGCAUUCCCAUGUACGUCGCCGACGCCAUGGGCCGCGAUGUCUUCUUGUACAAAGAGAAGAUCAACUACAAGCUCUCGGGCGGCGGUGGCUACGCGCCACACCAGGAUGCCCCUGCCUACAAGCAGGUCCAUGUCCAUUGCACCGCACUUCUGUCCAUCGACGAGUCGCGGCGGGACAAUGGAUGCUUGGAGUUCGUCUCGGGCCGGCACAAGGAAGGGCUCAUAGGCCUCACCCAUGAUGGCAUCAUCGACUCCGAGGCGUGCUGCGCGAUGCCCUUCACCGCCUGCGAGACGGACCCUGGGGACCUGGUCAUCUUCUCCUCCUACGCGCCACACCGCUCGCGCAGCAACACCAGCGGGCGACCGAGGAGGCUGCUCUACUUGACCUACAAUUCGCAGGAGGAGGGCUACCUGCGAGAUGAGUACUACCGACACAAGCGCGAGGCUCUGAAGGAGGGCUCCUUAUCCCUGAUCAAGCAUUUCCAGGGCAAGGACAACUUUGCUGACCGGGUCGUCCACGAGGUUGAAGAGCUUUUUGCAAGCAAGGGCGGCACCCUCUACGACCCACAGGUCACGCAGAUGGAGCACGCGCUCCAAUCUGCGUCCCUCGCAGAGAAGGAGGAUGCAGAGGAAUCCCUGGUCGUCGCGACGUUGCUCCAUGACGUCGGCCACCUGCUUCUCGAUGAGCACGCGGGCAAAACCGACUUCCUGGCGGAAGACCUCAGCCACGAAACCGUUGGGGCAAGCUGGCUGGACGCUCGCUUUCCUCCGGAGGUCUCCGAGUCCGUGCGCCUGCACGUGAACGCCAAGCGAUACCUGUGCGCCGCGCGCCCUGGCUACUGGGAGACCCUUUCGCCAGCGUCCAAACGAUCCCUGGAGGUGCAGGGCGGUGUCUUCUCCGAGCAGCAGGCGGGCGACUGGAUCAGGCAGCCGCACGCCGAGGCAGCGGUGAGGAUACGCCUCUGGGAUGAUCGGGCCAAGACCGCCGGCACUCAGACACCUUCUUUGCACCACUACCUGCCCAAGAUCCGCGCCCAAGUGAGGACUUCGGCGUAG